AUGAAAAGCACAAUACCACGUAAUCUAAAUGCAAUACCAUCAAUGAUAAUUAAUAAAACAUUAAUUGAAAAUAAUGAAAAUUAUAAACGUUUAUUAAAAACUCGUCAAUAUUCAAUAUUAAAUCAAUUAGAUAAUAGAAUUGAUUUAAAUCGUUUUGAAAAUGAUAGUGAAUAUUAUUGUUUAACAAUAAUGAGUUUGUUUAUGUGUGAUAAUUCUUCAUUUGAAUAUGGUGAACAAUUAGCAAUUAAAUAUAAUAUAUCAAUUGAUGAAUGUUAUCAUUCAUAUUUUGAAUAUUUAUUAACAAAUUCAAAUUUAUCAUUAAAUGAAAUAAGAAAAAAAAAUAAAACCAUUAUUAAAUUCAGAAAGAAUUUUAAUAAAUCGACAAAUUAA